AUGAGGUUUCUAGUCCGGCAAUUGAUAAGGAUGUCUAGCGAUCGUGCUUUGUUAAACAGGUUGGAGCAGAGAGCUGCUGAGGCUGACCAAGUUAUUGAGUACCUGAAACAACAGGUCGCUUUACUUAAAGAGAAAGCAAUCCUGCAGGCUUCCCAAAGGGAAGAAAAGAGACUUCGGGUUGAAAAUGCAAAGUUGAAGAAAGAAAUUGAGGAUUUAAAACAAAAUCUCAUUGAAGCAGAAAUCCGUAAUGGAGUGAAACGAGUUCCACUUCCAACAGCAGCUUCAGUUCAGUCCUGUUCUGCAGCAUCUAUGUCUCCAACAACUGCACUGGCUACUCCAACUGCAGCUGAACAAACACCAGAAGUGAAUGAAAACAAGAAAAAGAAAGAUAAACCGGAUAAGAAGCCAGACAAGAAAGUUCAUACUGAGUUGCAUAUUCGUUUGGAAAAUGCAAUGACAAGAUAUCAGAAUGGGAAUAUUAGGAAGGAUGAACUGGAUGUCGAAGCAGACCUUCUCUAUGAGCGCAUCCUGCUUAAGAGCAGUACGAGUUAUAUCCAAAAAUUAGAUAUCACCCCAGUGAAACUGUGUACACAUGCAUGCUAA